AUGUCGAUGCCGGAUGCGUCGUCCAGCUCGCCAGCCGCGAGCCGCCAUUGCCUCUCCUGUGUUACUAGCGACGAAUCGCGGCGACGUGCAACCGUGUACGGUUUGGAGCCCGCGUUAUGCCAGCACGAGCAGCCGUCGGUGCAGUGCCUGCUGAGACUCAACCGUGACCUCGUGAACAUCUUCGACGACCCGGCCUGGGGUGUUCGUCGAGCCCGAAGAGAACAACAUCACCAACGUCCACGCCGUCAUCGUGGGUCCCGACAACACGCCGUACGAAGGAGGCUUCUUCCAUUCGUGCUCAAGUGCCUCCCCGACUACCCGGCCAGGCCGCCGCUGGUACGCUUCAUGACGACGGAUGCCGGAAGGGUGCGCUUCAGCCCGAACCUGUACAGCAGCGGGCUCGUCUCGCUCAGCAUCCUGGCACGUUUCCUGGACCCUCCUGGACUCCGGACAUGA